CCCUGUGCAGAUGGCUUAAAAAUAUCCACUCCAUUACUUUUUUAACAGUGAUGCGAAAACCGAACUUCGAAGGAAGAAAUCGAGAAACGGUUCUCUGAAACCUAGCAACCCGGCGCUCAACAGCUGAUCCAGAGCGUCUUUGCGCAACGCUGUCAAACGAAGGGGUUGACAGUUCUCUAAACAAAAACAUCUCGAGCAGGAAAUGAGUUCAUAUAGUAGGCCCCCCGCAUCAACACCUGUGAGGGCCAAGGGGAGCCCGUGAAAAAAGGCACACACGAACGAGAAUCCUUCGGGCGACACAGGGCCACACGCUUGCCAACAAUUGAUAAGUGGAAAAAAUGCAAACCAAUGAGUACACCGUGGAGGAGCUGACGAACCUGGCGCAGCAAAAGAUUGACCUUGGCGAGAAGCUGCUGAGCGACCUGGCGCCGCGCGAAACGAUCGAAGGUGUGCGAAAGAUCCGGAAGAAGAUUAGUCAAGAGCUGAAGUUCCUGAAUCGCGUCAAAGCGAACGGCACAGUCACGAUCAAUCACAUCCUCUGCAGUAACCUGACGCACUUCGGCUGUCUGGUGGAGUGUUUACUGGCGAGCGCCGACGUGAAACACGUCGAUUACCCACUUCCGAUCGAGGAUCGCGCCUGCCCACUGCGAGUCGACAUCGUUUGCGAUGGUGGCGCUACCUGGAUCAAGGUAAUCGCUCGGAACCCCAAAUCGCUCAGCGAUGCCGUGUACGGGCGCACGAGCUACGGCUCGAAGUCGAUCCUGGAGCAGGCGGAAGAGUAUGUCCAGGCGGCCAACAACUUCCCCUACAUGUUCCGGCCACCGACGGUGGUGUUUCGGUUCUUGAGUCGGCUAGACGAGGAGCUGAUCGAAGAGCUACAACGAAUCGGUAUUCGGGUAGUGAUACUCGCCGAUGAACCAACAUCCCUAACAGACGACCCGCAGCACCGGGAGCAGCAUCCUGGUGGAUCGGUAUCCGAUCGGCAGGAGGAAAUACGGCUCCUCAACGUGGACGUCACGACGCUCAUCGCGUACUGCAGCGCAAUGACGAACGGAUCGGCCAUGUGGGAGUUCAAGCAACCGUUACUCAGUGAGCAGGCCCGGUGGGAACGUGACAAACCGAUGAAACCGAUACUGGAUCAGUUGUUCACUGGACGGAGGCUCAUCUGCUGCCAGACGGCGUACGAUUCUUUCCACGACAUUCUCACCAUUUUGGGUGGCGAAGGAGAGAAGGCCCGUGCCCGCGAUCUAUUUACACGCAUCCAGGUACUGCCCGAUGUGCCGCUCGAGCAGGCUCCGAAAGAAUUGCAAUCGCUGAAGCUUGGCGGCAAGAUACGUCCUCGUAGCCUCCAGGUGUUUGCUUUUGGACUCUAUCAUCGAGCUGUGACCGUCACGUCAAACGAGGGUUUUACGCGAGCCGCCAAAAUGCAAGGCCUCGAGGUACCGGUCUUCCUGCACGAUGCCCGCGCACUAACGGAGGAUAAGGAACGGACGGCACGGGCACUGCUGCUACCAACAUCCGGCGACACCAAUGUCCACGACUCUUUUAUCGAGUGAAUUCAUACAUCUAAUACAUACCCAUGUCCAUGUCCGUGCCCAUGCGAUCAUCUAACUUAUACAUACUAUGUCCAUAUGCCUAUGACCCGCACAGAAUGAAUCGAAGCAAACGAGCAAAACGAAUAAAAAGGAAUCCCAAACAAAGCAACCAAGCGCUACAAUCCAAAAUUCUUCCUGUAAGCACGUAUUUGCAUGUGUAUGAGCUACUGCACGGUUUGUUUUGUUUCUCUUCGCUUCGGUUUCUUCCUUUAAUCCUUUACUGGUUUUGUAUAUAAAAUCCUACUAUAUCCGACACGCACACGCUUCCAUCGGUUUGCACCGCUGUAGGGCUUACUUAACAGCUAAUACAUCGCAUCCGCACAGUCACGUCUCGCGAGCAUCCGAAGUGGUCACAGGCAGGGAAACCGUGGAGAAAAAUUAAACGACACAACAGAACCGUUAUUCCGCUAUCAUCACGAGAGUUCGAUUAUCGUAAUCGAGAUAUAAAAUCCUUUCGAAUGCCUUUUGCACCGUGGAAUGAAGAAAGAGUGGUUACUGGUACAAAUGACUGCGGAAUAAUCAGGGGAGAGCAAUGCGCCGAUUAUGAAUAAGGCUGUUUAAGAUUGCAAUUGUAUGAAAAGCGCUACAGUACAGCAACAAAAGUAUUUUGGUUGAAUAAAAGAACUAAAAGAAGAGCACCGAAGGACAAGCCACGGGUAGCAUUCAAUCCAGUAUGGAAUGAUCUUAAAAUGUAUUGAAAAU